CACAAGUCCACCAUGUUCGGAGCGCCAUCAUCGUCCGGAGGAUUCCCGUUCGGCAGCGCUUCUGCGGCACAGCCCGCCGCUCCGGCCCUCGGCUUCGGUGCAGCAGCGGCAGCGACGCCUGCGUCGUCAGCACCCGGUGCCGGAUUCGGCUUUGGAGGCGGGGCCAUAGCCGCCCCGGCUGUCCCGUCCUUUGGAAGCUUUGGUCUGGGCGCAUCGGCGGCUCAGACCCCGGCCACCUCGUCCUCGCUCUUUGGCGGCCUCGGAGCAUCGACGGCGGCCCCGGCUCUUGGGGGCUUUGGAUCUGUGCCCGCUGCAGCCUCAGCGCCGCUCUUUGGCUCGGCCGCCCCUGCGGCCGCUCCCACAUCCGCAUUCGGAGGAUUCGGCACCGUCACAACGGCCCCGACCGCCGGUGGCUUCCCCAGCGCCGGAGGCGGCCUCUUUGGAAGCAGUGGCACUUCAUUCGGCGGGGCUGCGGCUCCUGCAGUCGCACCCUUUGGUGGAGCCUCGCUCUUUGGAGCUGCCCAGGCUGCACCGUCCGCCCUCAUUCCGCAGCAGCAACGUCCUGCGACGAUCGAAGAUGCGAUUCAAGACAUGAUGAAUGCUUGGGAUCCGUCCAAGCCCCAGUGCCAGUUCAGACACUACUUUUACAACCUGGUCCAUCCCAGCGAAGCUGCCAGAUACACACGGCCAGCCAACCAUGACGAAGCCCUCUGGAACCAGGCUCAGAAGGACAACCCGGAUCCAACGUGCAUGGUCCCGGUUCUGGCUGUUGGAUUCGGGGAUAUCCAGAAGCGCAUCGCGGAGCAGGAGAACGAAUCGAAUCGUCACCGUCAAGUGCUAGAAGAUGCGCUGCGGCAGCUCAACAAGAUCCAGGAAAACCACUACUUGGACAUUACCGUCCGAAUCGCAGACUACAAGCGGAAACACCGCGAGCUGGCGCAUCGGCUGCUAAAGAUCAUGAGCAAAAUCCAGAUUGUCACCAACAAGGGCCAGUCGAUCGGUGCCGAAGAAGAGGCACUGCGCACGCGGCUGGAGAGCAUCAACCGCGAGUUCAAGCCGCCAUCGCAGCUACGGGGACGGGUCAACGAGCAGUGGGCCCAGCUGCAGAUGCUGAAGGAAAGCGGCAGGCUGGCAAGCGUGGCGGGCUCGGCGAUGCCCGGACGGCCUGGGGAGUUUGAAGUGGUGGACGAGGAGAGUCUGCGCAAGAUUUAUGAGGCUCUGUCGGAGACGCAGAAGGGAUUGAACAUCUUGAUCCAAGUUGUCCAAGCAGACAAGAAGAACGCCGAGCUCAUGAACAAGGGAUAUACCGACAACAGCUUUUCGAAGAUGCCAUAGCCGACCUUUCUUUCUCCUCACCAAACCUGGUUGGACGUGCAAGUCGAUGGGACCCUGACACCACCAUGCAGCGCCCACUUCUUCUGGCUGUUUUUCCCUCUGGCCUCCCCCCCCUCCCACCAACGCAAACGACAUUCCUCACACACCUCUGCCUUGUCUGGGUGCCGCUGCCCGAGCUGCGCUACCCACUCCCCAAUACAGAUAUUAUGUCGGAAG